AUGGCAAGAUCGUGGAUUUUGUCAAUCAUUGCUUUCAUCGGCAUCCUGGGCAAAGCUGCUGCGCUUCCCCAGGGCUACAGCGAUUUGCCCACGGUCGAUUUGAAGCCUCUGCUAAUUGACCCAAUUCGUAAAUGGUCCUCCAACACAACCGUUUCAUUCCCUGAUUCGCCUGCUUUUGAGGCUUCUACGGAGCGCUGGACAAUCGCCGACCCGCCCACCUACGUGGCUGCUAUACGGCCCGGCACAGAAGAAGAUAUCAGCAAAGUAAUCAAUCUUGCCAAGUCCAGGAGAUUCCCAUUCUUGGCUCGUGGAGCUGGCCAUGGCUAUUCUGCCAGCCUUUCAAAGUUUCAGCACGGCUUAUCACUGGACCUGAGCCAAUGGAAGUCUCUGAAGAUUGACAAAAAGGCCCAGACGCUCACCGUGGGACCUGGUGUUACCUUUGCUGAAAUCUUCGACCCUCUGUUCAACGCCGGAUUCUAUAUUCAAACCGGCAGCUGCUCAUGUCCCUCCAUGAUUGGCGUUACCAUCGGCGGUGGCAUUGGAAGAUUAAUGGGGAAAUACGGCCUCUUGAUGGACGCUCUUCAGUCUGUCCGCAUGGUGGGAGCCGACGGCAAGGUGAAAACCGUCUCGGCAACUUCUCACCAUGAUCUGUGGUGGGGAGUCCUCGGUGCCGGAGCCAACUUUGGUGUCAUUACGUCGGCUACGUACAAGGUCCAUCCAUUGGUCAACAAUGGCGAUGUUUUCCUUGCCGACUUCUUUCUCCCUGCGUCGAGGAGUCGGGAGUACUUUGAUAUGGUAGAGACCCAUUACAGCAAUGCCUCUGCCAAUGUGGCUCAGAUUGUGAUUGGCAGCUGGAACAGAACGACCAACUCGGUUCAGGUUGGUGGCAACUGGGUUUAUUAUGGACCCGAGGAAGAGGCUCGCAAGGAACUGGCCCCGGUAUUCAACCUCAAUGCGACAUCAGUUACGAGAGUGGUCAAAUGGAACCAAAUCAUCGACCGGUCGGGUGGCGGCUUUGACAAGUUUGUCUGCCAGCCAAAUCAGCCGCGGUCUCUCUUCAGUCUGAACCAGAAGAUUUACUCGGCCGAUGGCUACCAGCGAGGCUUCAAGAAGAUUGAGCAGUACUUCCAUGACUACCCUGGCGGGCGAGAUACGACUCUGGUCUAUGAGAUCUUUCCCAACCAGGCAGUCGCUGCUGUACCGGAUGAUUCGACAGCGUUCCCGUGGAGAGAUUUCAAGGGCUUCAUCCAAACGAACUUUGCUUGGGCGGCUGGAGAUGAAGUCACAGCAAAAGCUUCGAACAGACUUGGGGAAGAGCUGCGCAAUGACUUCGCUGCCACGUCUGGAUACUCUGAACAGACUAUUUUUGUGAACUACGCGCGCGGAGAUGAGUCCAUCGAGAACAUUUACGGCAAGCGAAAGCUACCUCGUCUGGCGAAGCUGAAGAAGAAGUAUGACCCGUCGAAUCUCUUUGCUUACAACCAUCCUCUUCCAACACAGUAUCCCUGAGAUUU